AUGGGAAUCACCGAGAAUCCCCCAAAGAUAUGCGAAGGCCACAAGAUUUUCAAGCGCGGGCAAACCGUGGGAUUCGCGCCAGGCAGCUGGUCACAGGUUGCAUUAGAACUCACUAAGCCGGACGGCUUGAUAGUUGGGAUUGAUCUUCUCCCCGCACAGCCUCCUAAAGGUGUGACCACAUUCCAAGGGGACUUUCUCUCCCCCAUGGUACAGAAACUCGUCAAAGACUGUAUCCUUGAAAUGCAAACCCGGCGAGAACUGUCCCGCCUCAAGUCCGAACCCAAAGCCGAGAAGAAGAAGAGCAAGAAGGAGGGAGUAGCCGAAGAGCCCCAGAUAGUCGCUGAGUCUGACAAAAAGAAGAAGAAUAACGACAAGAAAGUGAACGAGGACGAGCAGCUGCUAGAAGACGCUAGGCAGUAUGACCUUGAGCCACAGAGUUACAUCGACAUGGAGCGGCAAGCCAGCCAUGUUGAAACCGAGGGACAAGGAAGUUUACACCAUGGUCCGGGAUCGAAGAACAUGGUUGACGUGGUUCUGAGCGACAUGUCAGCACCCUGGCAACAAACAUCUGGCUAUAAUGUGAACACCUUGAGUAAUCCAUAUCAUAGGUUAAUGAACACGAGUGGCAUCCCUUUUCAUGACCAAGCUCGUAGUCUGGAUCUUUGCAAUGCCGCCCUCGAUUUUGCGAGUGACACUCUGAAACCCGGCGGGCACUUUGUCUGCAAAGUUUACGUAGGGCGAGGGGACCGAGAUUUCGAGCAAAGGGUCCGACUGCUCUUUUGCAAUGUUUUCAGAGUCAAGCCAAAAUCAUCAAGAAGCGUGAGUUUCAACACUCGAUGUUGGUCCCUUUCUCCAGCUUACACGAAAUAG